AGACAGUUUUUACUUUAAAACAUAUCUAAAACCUUCGCAAGUACACGAUGUUUUCCCUUCGAUUCCUUCCUUUUUAAAUGCCUCCAACGGUCUGUUACCGUGACAACCUAUGAACUCUGCUAUAAAUGUUUGUUCGUUAAAUAAAUGUUCACCCACUUUUUGCUGCUUGAAUACUUUUUUCAUUGACAUCAGAAGUAAAGGAAUACCUAUGAAAACAAAAUGGAAGUUCUUGAAGAGGGAAAUUUAAUGGAUCGAGUGCCAAUACUGCUGCAACGAGAUCUAGAGUUUUAUCAGACACAUCAGCGUGUGCUACAGGAGCCCAUUUGUUCGGGCGUUGUGGGUGGGAAAUUGGAUUUUCCACGAUAUGCUUCCUUUGCGGCGAUCAAAUUGAUACGUUGGUGGGAGGAUGAGUACUUUGCCUCAUACCGGAAACACUCGGGACUUUUGCACACCGAAAAGGAACUGAAUGAAGGAGAUUUUACCAGUGCCACUGUCAAGGCCUCUGAUCCGGACAAGUUCGUUCAACUCGUUUGCCGAUCGGCAGACCUACUUCUAGAGCACGUCCAUCGCCUAUCGCAGGAGUCUCUGGAUCAUGCUGAUCUCUCUGUGCUGACGGCCACUAUUGGAGCCGCUGCGCUGGUGAAGAACUCCCUGAGUGUCUACAUGCAGGCGGCCACCACCACGAUCGUUCCGCCCAAGGGCGAUGAGAAGGGCGGAGCCCUCAAGCUGAGUUUCAAGCAAUAUGCCCAGAUGGCGGAGGCAUUGGCAGAGCGUCUCCUCGAUCUGCACUGUCGCCUCCUGUUGCUGUACAUCAUGCAAGACGCCGACUGUCUGCAUUGGGAGGAUACGCAACCUUUCUUUGAGUCGGAGCGAGGCUCCUACACAGUACAGAUGUGGUGGCACUAUAUGCGUGGCUCCAAGACAGAUCUGUGGAACUCGGUGCCGCCGAAAAUGGCCCAGAAGAUCUUUGCCGGAAUGCUGAACGAGACGCUCAGUGUGCUGACUGUCCGCUAUACCCAGAUCGUAACCAGUGUGGCUCGAUCGCAGCUGCACUUGACGGACAUUUGCAAUAUGCUGCUGUGCAUUGCUGAGCUGCUGCCACACAUCUGCGAGAGCGGCGAGGCAUAUGUGGGUCUGCAGUUGAGCAACCAGAGCGUUAUCCUCAGGGACAUCCACGCCAAGUGUCGGGAACUCUUCUACUGUCUCUUGCUGCGCGGUGCUCCCUUGGGUGUGCUCUCCAAGGUCUUUCGCAAGGGUCUCGACAACAUGGAGAUGUUUAGCUCUCGCCAUGGCCUGCCCAGUGCAUGGAUUAUAUUUGCCUUACCGCGAUACUUUCCCAAGGAGCAAUCCUGUCAAUGGGUCACGGAAUUUGCUGAUCUCACAACCAACACCGCCAUUUCCUUGGACCUGAGAGUUCUACUUGCCUUUCCUGAGGCAGAUUGGUCCUUUCUGCUUAAGAUUCUGUUGAUGAGAGACGCCUUCCUCACUGGCAUCAUAAUACGACAUCUGAUGCAGCAUUUACCGUCCUCCGAGAACUUUAAGAAUGUGGCCAAACAUUCCUUCACCAGUGCCGAGGGGGCACCACCAAAGUGCGAGGCGUUUCUGUGCCGCGGCGAGUGCUUCAAUGUCACCGAGUCCAUAGCAGACGAUAUAGAUCCCGUGGGACAAGCCAACUAUCAGAUUGUCCUCUCCCUUACGUACUUAGUCGUGGCCGUUGGCAAGGCGGUGGACAUCAAGUCCUGUCUGAUCAAGACCCUCGAGGAACAUGCCAUUGCGGGCUGGAGCGACUGCCUGGAUAAGCGCCAGGUGUGGAACCAGAAGCGCACUCCCUGGCUGGAGGCCAUCAUGCAUUUUGUAUAUCCCGUGCUCGACUGCGUAGUGGAGAUGCUCAUCAAUGCCGUCGAGAAUGGGGCGAGCAUGUACCAGGCCAUGUCCCUGGCCCUGACUUGUGUCUCCGAGAUCUGGGAUUGUAUACCAGAGGGUCUGUACAAGAUCACCUCACUGUUGCAGGACAUCAUACCGGUUUCGACGCGACCCUUGGGCGAUUCGGUGCUGCUGCAGGUGGUCUUUGCUGCUCUCUACACGGAGCUGAUCAAGACAGCAGAGGUGCACGAACAGGCCAAGAAUGAAGUCAAGACCUCCAUUUGCUAUUCGAUAUCGGAGGCCAUUUGCUCCAUAGACGAGGACGACAAGCACACAGAUCAAAUAGAGCUGUUCCUCAAGCAGGCCAAGGAGAGCAUCAAUCUGGACACGGACUUUGGUGGCACACCAGGCGGCAGCAAUCGUGGUGCCGGCGGCAUGAGUGCCGUGAGCACCGUCAAAAUGGACGACCUAACCAAUGCCGAAUCGGACCGCCUGAGUCAUAGUCCACCCAACAACUAUGCUAUGGAACUGGAUGUGGGCAUCGCCGACUAUAUAGCAGAGGUUCUGGUUAGCGAUGUACUGACCACGAAUAUAGGCAAGCAGGCCCUCAAAGUGGUCUACAAUUAUCUGAAAUUCAACAGGGAUUGGUUGCUGGAACAACUGGGAACGGGCGACAACGAUCCUAGUCCCUUUCAAGGUGUCCAGGGGCAGAAUAUCAAGGAGGCCCAGACCUCAGUGCUCAAGUCCAUGUUUUUCAUUGGGAACACACCGUUCGAUCAGCUGCUGACGGGGUCCCUGAAGAUCGACUACGUCAGUUGGCUGCAAAUGCCUCUGUCCCUGAAUCCAGAACGAACCUGGUUGCAUUUGACAAGGCGCUGCGACUUCCAGGAGGAUUCAAAGCUGGCGCUGCCAGAGGUGGCCAUGGUGGCUGGCAUUGCGAAGAUAAUGAAGCGACGCAAGGAGUUCGCCAAGUAAAUCGCGGAGGGACUGGUGGCAUCAUUAGCACUCCCUCUCGGUCUGCUGUGAAUUAUGUUGUAGAUGGAAAAAGGCACUGGAGAGGGCUUUCUCGCGCACUCUGGAGGCGGCUUCGCUCUGUGUCUUUGGAUGUCAUUAACGCCGCAUAAUGCAAACAAGUCGCUUGAUACGGGAAGGGGCACCUCGCCGAAUGCACAACAAAAUAGAAAGGGCGACACGGAGCAGCAGGGCGCUAAAAAAAGAAUAAUAAUAUUUACAUCUCCUCCAGCACCAGCUCCCCGUCUCCAUUCCAGGGUUAAUGUAUGGGGGGAGAUGGUGGGGGACCUACUGCCGAAAAUGUUUUUGUCCACACUCUGGGGUACUCGCCCGGCACUUGGCAAUUGCUCAGCAGCUCUCCUGGCCGUCUUUAGAGCCGUCUUCUCGGUGCCUCCGCUUCCUCUGCGCUCCUCUUGCAGCCAGUUAUGAAAAUUACUGAAACGUAGCCAACCUGGGCUCAUGGUGCGGGAGGAGGAGAGUACCAGCACACGAUGAAAGCACAAACACAUAGAGAGAAACACACACACACUCAUCAGCAGGAGAAACACACACAGGACAACGUGACAAAUAAAAUCAAGCUAGAAAGCAGAGAAGGAGAAAGCGGCAGGAUAACGACGACAGGGCAAAUGCGCUUCUGCUAAUGCACUAUAUAAUCAUAUAAAAUAUUUAUAUUUAA